AUUGAUGCCAUUUGUUACUACAAAAUGAACUUAGGUACCUCUCUUUGACAGUUCCUUCUUUGGCGUGUUAAAAAUUUUGAACGCGCAAGAAAAUCCGUAGAUUUUAAAGCGAUCGGUUCAAGAUGGCCAUAAGACCGGUGUAUAGGCCUCAAAUUGUUAAGAAACGGACUAAAAAGUUCAUCAGGCAUCAGUCCGACCGCUACGCAAAGCUAAAGCGCAAUUGGCGUAAGCCGAAGGGCAUUGACAAUAGGGUAAGGAGGCGAUUCAAGGGUCAAUAUUUGAUGCCCAAUAUCGGCUACGGUUCCGCAGCGAAAACUCGUCACAUGUUGCCGACGGGAUUCAGAAAAGUCUUGGUCCACAACGUUAAAGAACUCGAAGUUCUGAUGAUGCAGAACCGCAAAUAUUGCGGCGAAAUUGCUCACGGCGUGUCCGCCAGGAAACGCAAAGAGAUUGUGGAGCGUGCCCAACAGUUGAGCAUAAGGUUAACAAACGGACACGCCAGGCUUCGCAGCCAGGAAAAUGAAUAAAUUAAGAUGUAAUUUAAUUGUUUAAUAAAAAAAACGACCUGCUAA